AGAGUGUCAAGUGUCUGACAGACUGUGAAGAAAGAGAGGAAGAAAAAGAGAGAGACGCACACAUCAGUUGGUGGAGCCAGCAGAGCAGGACGGCGCUGGACGUGUCAUUCAUAUAGGGAACAGAGCCGAAGAAAAGGAUUAACUAUCUCCAUCCCUCUGCUUCCAUGGACCUCAUCUCUCUCGCCCCUUUCCUCUUGUGUCUCUAAGCCUCUCUUCACCUCAUUUUUUCCCCCUACAAUCCUGUAUUUUUCCCUACACAAUCCGUCCUUUUCCCACUAUUCAUUGGUGGGUUGAAGGGGAAGCUUGGGGGGAUUGUCUAUACGUGAAAGGAGGAUUAUUCUUACAAUUGGAUCUUGAAUGUAUGGAUUUCUUUAACUGAAGCAGCAACAGUUUUCUUUGAAAUUUUUGACCCUUUUUUAAAAAUCCUUUUUAAGGGAAAGGCUGUACGUAAAAAUCUAAAGAGAAAAAUUUAGUCAAAGGUGUUUUCGCGUUGCCUUCCGAAGUUGCCGCCCCAAUGGAGGCUGCAGCCAUGGCGGCUUGACGCCCCCAUAGCCCCGCCCCCUCCAACAGAGGAAGGCUGCAGCAGAGCUCUGUGUCAUGCCCCCCCAAACCCACCCCCCUGGGGGUGUCAGCCUGCCCUCGCCUGGCUCCACCACCCACCGCCUGGCCAGACCUGUCUUCCUCUGCAUCCUCUGCCUCCUGGCGUUGCUGUUGCCCUCAGCCUCCUCCUGCCCUCCUCCCUGUCUCUGCUACUCAGACGGCCUGGUGGACUGCGGGGGCCGGGGUCUCUCCUCCCUGCCGCCCCUUCACCUCCUGCCUCCGGGGAGCCGCUCCCUCCUGCUGGCCAACAACAAGCUUGCAUCGCUGGGAGCCUCUGCCUUCGCUAACCUCUCCUCCCUGGAGGAGCUGGACCUCUCUAAUAACUACCUGGAUAAUUUACCAGCCGGAUUAUUCAGAGACAUGUCCAACCUGACGAGACUGACUCUGCAUAACAACUCACUGACAGGAAUGGACAGAGAACUUUUCCAGGGUUUGGGGGGUCUCCAGAGUCUGGAUUUGUCCCUGAAUGGCCUGUCCUCUGUACCUCUGGGGGUGCUGGACGAGCUGCAGAGCCUCAGGUGGCUCUCUCUAGCGGGUAACAGACUUCACGGUUUGGAGAGGGCAGCGUUUGAGCCGCUUGCUAACCUGCAACACCUGGAACUGGGACACAACCCGUGGGAAUGUGACUGCAACCUCCGCGAUUUCAAGCACUGGAUGGAGUGGCUGCUGUACAGAGGGGGGAAGGUGGACGCGGUGGAGUGCACACUGCCAAAGGAUCUGCGUGGGCGAGACAUCCGCGGCGUUCCGGUUGAAAUGUUCAACUACUGCCUCCAACUCGAAGAUGAAAACGGAGGAGGUGGCGAUGGUUCCCGUCCUGGACAAGGAGGUCCCCCCUGCAGCAGGAACGCACUAAGUCCAACGCCGAUUUCCGACAACAGCAACACCGCUGACGACUCCUCUUCGAACACAGGUGGAGGAGGAGGCGGAGAGGCCCCAUCUGAUUGCGUCCGCGCUCGCUAUCGACCCGUGAGCGUGCGCCGGGCCAUCGGCACAGUGGUGAUUGCCGGCGUAGUGUGCGGAAUCGUCUGCAUCAUGAUGGUGGCGGCGGCGGCUUACGGGUGCAUCUACGCCUCGCUGAUGGCAAAGUAUCAGAGGGAGCUGAAGAAGAGGCAGCCGCUGAUGGGAGACGGAGAGGCGGACGGGGAGGAUAGAGAGGAGAAACAGAUCUCCUCUGUGGCCUAGAGGAGUGGUUGGGUGCAGGAGGGUCGGUGUAUUGAUGGGUGAAGGUUGUAGGGGUGAAAACUAAAAAAAAAAAGGGCUCGAAGAGGAGAGAGAUGGAAUGGCUUGUUUUAUGCACACAGACUCUCAAACUGACACCUUAUUCCCAUUUUGUCUUCCUUUCUUUGUCCUCUCUCUUCCUCACAUACAUACACCUUAUCUGCUCCCUGAUUCCCCCCACACUCUGAGACAUUCUCACAGCAGUAUUUGUUAGCAAUCAUCCACCCCACUGCUGCUCUUGGCUGCUGCUGAACUCACUGUCAUACUGAUUCAGAUAUAAAAAAAAAUCACUCUAUCCUAUAAAACACAUCAUUUCAGCUGGUUUUAAACUCAUGAUAAAUGGUCAGUCGGUAUUUGCAACACUGGAUUGAUUUCAGGGAUCAGCAGUAUGUCUAUGACUUACAUUACAAAGAUAGAUAUAAGAUAGUGCACCGUUUGUGUUCUGUUUUCAUCUUUCUCCUCCUCAACCACUCUAAAGCCAAUAUUUCCUCCAAAAAUCAAGGACCCAAGCCCUGAUCUCUUCGCCCUCGUCUGGCCUAAUGCUCCUCUGACUUUCCCUUGGACUGCUAAGACGGGGAACUGUGAUAAAUCGAUGUCAUUAAGUAGUCAAAACUUCCUUAACCAGGAGGCUGCUGGACUUAGUAGAGAUUGAGACUUGUUAAGGAUACAAAAUGUGGAACUGGAAACUGGAAAAUGAUUCAAUUUGGAUGUCUAGACUGCAGUAAAUGGUGGCCAUCCUAAAAAAUUCUGAAUCUUUUUGGACCUCCUGUGGACCAAUGAAAUCCUCCGCAAAGAUUGGAACUGCGUUCGAGAUCUUACAAUGACUUAUCAGUCUUCUCAAAGUGGAACAAACCAUUUAAACUGCAAUGAAAAUUUGCUGUGUUUGUCACUUUUCCUCAGAAAAAGCCUCUUGCUUACUUGUUAAAUGAUUACGAUCAGUAUCUGGACGGAUCAAAAGCCUCUUAUCACAACAGAAAAAAAGCAUUUUCUGGCAUUACUCGGACUAUGCUUCUCGGAAAAUUAUUCACAAUGGUUUUAAUUAAAUUGUUGGGAUUUUAAAAGGACCGCAGACAUUUGCUUUCUUUGUUCAACUUCAGACUGAAUUCACCCCUCAGAGGUGGAUGUUUGCUACUACGGCAUGGAAGCACUAUCUCAGAGAACCCUGUCUCCUGGCAAGGACUACAAAAAAACAUCUAAGGACUACAAACUUCAGACUCCUGCACUUUAUUUCCCUUAUCAGAUCCCCUCUAGCCUCCCUCUCCUUCCUCCUUCCCCUCUCUUUCUUUCUAAAAUGGACGACUCGCCCAAAGGGAUGAUAACGAACAAGGGAUUAAAAAGAAAGACGCUGCUAUUUCCCCGCCACUGUCCUCCUUCUCAUCCCUUUAUCUCUCCAUCCAUCUUUCCAUCUAGUGCUAUUUAUGGAACGUUUUUCACGCUUCCUUAAAGACAAACACCUCCUUUCUUUCCCCUCUCCCAUAAUGAUGUCUUUUCCUGAGCGGUCAGCAAUAUGCAAUGGAAGAUGUGUCACUAAACCAUUGAAAUCUCACAGCCAAAGAGUCCUUCUGUUAUAAACUUAGUAAUCAUCACUAAAUAGAGAAAAUCAGUUUGUUGGGCACUCUCACUCACAGAUGAGAAUGUUUGCUUUAUAUAGAGUUUUCAUAAUGAUACUAAUUUAUGCCUUGAAAAUGUGUGUGCACAUGUCUCCUCAGUAUUAAACCACCCAAAAUCAAGACUUUCAUUGCAUAUUGCUCCCCUACAACAGACUACUUUCCCUCUGGAAUCUAAAUUGGCUGGAGAGAAACUUAUAUAACUAGUGUGUUAUCUUAUACCCAGGUAUGAUACAGAUAAAUCUAUUAGUCUCUAAUAUGGUGUGUUGGCCCAGAGAUCCCAAACAUGUUUGAACUGUUUUCAUGAUGUUUGUCUUUUGUUGUGUUGAUGACGUUUUUUGUUUUAAGGCUUUAAUAUCUCUGUAAUGUAUUGUUUUUUUUGUCGUGUUCAUUUAUUUGUAUUGAGUAGUUGGUAAAGUUUCUGUGCGAGGCGUAGAAAGAGUUUGGCCGUUGAGAUCAUAAAUAAAAUCAAAGUAACACUG